AUGAAAUUCGGGAAAGAAUUCGCAUCGCAAAUGGUGCCCGAAUGGCAGCAGGCCUACAUGGACUACCGCCUCCUGAAAAACAUCCUCAAGGAGAUCCAGCAGUCCAGGAUUCGGGUCCAGCCCGGCCCGAAGCGCAGCCUCACCCUCUACCGGGCCUUCAGUGGCCUCACCCAGCGGCCCAACAGCGGCCACCAAACACACGAUGUCGAAAACCAGGCGAUUGUGGUGAACACCGUGAACGAGAAGUCGGAGACCACGUUCCUGACGGCGGCGGACGAGCAGGAGGUCGGCUUCUUCAAGCAGCUGGACGUUGAGUUCAACAAGGUGGCGGGCUUCUACCGGGGCAAGGUGGAGGAGGUGGUAGAGGAGGCCCGCGGGCUCGACAAGCAGAUGGAGGCCCUGGUUGCCUUCCGGGUCAAGGUCAAGGGCCCAACCCGGUGGGCCCGUCAUGGGUUCGAGGAGGAGGAGGAGGAGGAGAAGGAGGAGAGCAGCAAGCUGGCGGGUGACGUGGCGGCAUCAGGGGCUGCUCUGGCUUCCACUGCUCCACUGGCCACGGUUAGGAGUAGCAGUAGAAUUCAAAUAGAUGUUAUAGAAGAAGAAAUUUCGGGCCUAGACGAUCCGGGUGAUGAUAAUGAAGACGGCCCGGAAAUGAAACCAAUAGAUGUGAAAAAUCAAGAAAACGAGCAAAAUGAGUUUAUGAAGCCAGCACCUGUAGAUGUGCUUGAACGUGUGAAGUUCAACUCCUCACAGGAAACACCUAGGUCGACGAUCAAAGGCAUUCUCCGUCUUCCCAACCAAACAGAACUUAAGUUCAGCGAGGAUGUUUUGAGAAAAUUAGAGGAACAACUUAAGAAGGCGUUUAUCGUAUUCUACCACAAGCUGAGGCUUUUGAAAAAAUACAGUUUCCUCAACAUUCUGGCAUUCUCGAAAAUCUUGAAAAAAUACGAUAAGAUUGCGUCAAGAAAUGCAUCGAAACCUUAUAUGAAAAUGGUCGAUAAUUCCUACCUCAGCAGCUCGGACGAGGUCAGCAAGUUGAUGGAAAGGGUAGAAGCAACCUUUAUCAAGCACUUUUCCAACUCGAAUCGUAGUAAAGGGAUGAAUAUCUUGAGGCCGAAGAAGAAGAAGGAAAAACAUAGAAUUACAUUCUUUAUGGGAUUUCUUGUUGGCUGCACAAUUGCACUUGUAAUGGCGUUAGCUAUGAUAAUUCGCGCACGUAAUAUCCUCGACAGUGCAGGGAGAGUAUUGUACAUGGAAACUAUGUUUCCCCUUUAUAGUUUGUUUGGGUUUGUUGUUCUGCACAUGCUGAUGUAUGCCGCAAACCUAUACUUUUGGAGGCGAUACCGAGUCAAUUACACCUUCAUAUUCGGUUUCAAAGAAGGAACUGAGCUUUGCUACCGAGAGAUUUUGCUUCUCGCUUUCUGCUUAAGCGUGCUGGCUUUAUCCAGUGUGCUCGCCAAUCUGGACAUGGAAAUGGAUCCCAUUACCCAGGACUAUAAAGCCUUAACUGAACUCCUUCCUCUCGGAUUAGUAGUGCUUGUGAUUCUGAUUAUGGUGUGCCCUCUAAACAUCAUAUACCGUUCGAGCCGCUACUUCUUGCUUGCCUGCUUGUUCCAUUGUGUCUUAGCUCCUCUUUAUAAGGUCUCAUUACCGGACUUCUUCUUAGCAGAUCAGCUUACAAGCCAGGUUCAAGCUCUUAGGAGUUUAGAGUUUUACAUUUGCUACUAUGGCUGGGGAGACUACAAACAGAGGGAAAACAGUUGUCACGAGCACGACAUUUUCAGGAUUUUCUCUUACAUUGUGGCUGCAAUACCCUACUGGUGGCGCCUCCUUCAGUGUCUGAGACGGCUGGUGGAAGAGAAAGAUCCCAUGCAUGGGUACAAUGGGUUGAAGUACUUGUCGACCAUUAUUGCAGUUUGCACACGAACAGCCUACACACUCAAUGGAAGUCCCUCCUGGAGGCUAACGGCCUUGAUAGUCUCGAUUAUUGCUACACUUGUUAGCACGUAUUGGGAUAUUGUUAUCGACUGGGGGCUUUUCCAACGGCAUUCCAAGAACAGGUGGUUGAGAGAUAAACUGCUUAUCCCACACAAAAUUGUUUACUUUGUGGCCAUGGUUUUGAAUGUGCUGUUGAGACUGGCAUGGAUGCAGACUGUGAUGAAUAUAACCGUUUUUUCUCUGCACCGGCAGACCAUGACUUCGCUCGUGGCAUCUCUUGAAAUUAUACGUCGCGGUAUAUGGAACUUCUUCAGACUGGAGAAUGAACAUCUUAACAACGUAGGUAAAUACCGAGCUUUCAAGUCAGUGCCAUUGCCUUUCAAUUAUGAUGAAGACGAAGAUGAGGACAAGGAUGAUUAG